UUUAAGCUCGGGCCGGGCCCUGGGCACCUGUAUCCUCUCUCUUGCCUGCCCUUCGAGGUCAGGCGCUCUCGCCCGUUCACCAUGAGCAGCAGCUACCAUCGCCCAGGGAGCCUGAGCUUCAGCAGCCGCUCCCACGGUUCCCUCCCUAACCGAAGCUCUUUUUACCGGGCCAGUCCGGGGAGCUUUCAGCCGGGGCUCUUCCGAGGAUCCUCCAGUGCUCUCUCCGGCUCUCCCCUUUUCGCCUCGCCCGCGUUCCUUCUCUCUUCGCUGCCCACUUUGGAGAUUGACCCGAAGCUGCACCAGAUGCGCACGGAGGAGAAGGAGCAGAUCAAAGGGCUCAACAACCAGUUCGCCUCCUUCAUCGACAAGGUGCGAACAUUAGAGCAACAGAACAAAGUGCUGGAGACUCAGCUGAAGCUUCUGAAAGGCAAAGACCAGUACAAAUCUAAUGUGGGGCGCAUCAUGACAGCCCACAGCCAACCCCUUAAGCAGCAAAUUGAUGCACUGAACCAGGAAAAGAUGAAGUUGCAAAAUGAGCUGGACCACAUGCAGGCCCUUCUGGAGGAACUGAAGAGCAGGUAUGAAGAUGAAAUCAACCGCCGUAACCAACUUGAGAAUGAAUUUGUGGUGACCAAGAAGGACCUGGAUGACAUCUACUUGCAGAAAGUGGAUGUUGAGUCCAAGCUAGAGAGCAUCUCUAAUGAAAUCAAAUACAUCAAGCAGCUCUUUGAAGAGGAGAUCCGAGAGUUGCAACCUCAGAUCCAAAAUGCAAUGGUCACAGUGGAGAUGGACAAUAACCGGGAAUUGGAGAUGAAGCAUAUAAUUGAUGAGGUGAAGGAACAGUAUCAGGCCAUGGCAGCCAAGAGCCGUGAUGAGGCUGAACAAUGGUGCAAGAACAAGUUUGAUGACAUGGCGAGGCAGUCCCAGAAGCACCGUGAGGAGUUGAAAAACAUCAAGGGGCAGAUCGCUGAGCUGACACGCUAUGCCCAGCGUGUUAAUGGGGAAAUUGAGGCCUUGAAGAAUCAGAGAGCCAGCCUGGAGAAUGCAGUGGCGCUGGCUGAAGAGCAAGGGGAACAAGCGGUGCAGAAUGCUAAGGCCACCAUCCAAGACCUGGAGGAGGCGUUGAGGCGGGCCAAGCAUGACAUGGCUGGCAAGGUGCGGGAAUACCAAGAGCUGAUGAACAUCAAGCUGGCCCUUGACAUAGAAAUUGCCACUUAUCGGAAACUGCUGGAAGGAGAAGAGAAUCGGAUGGUUGGCCAGGCUCCAAGUUAUCAGUACAACGCUAUUGACAAACUAGUUUCUGGAGAUACACACGGCUGGCAAUUCCACUUAUUCCUACAGAACGGAAAGGGGGGUAUUGAGGAGCUGCUACUACUUGCUUCUUUUGUAAAGAAUGGCAGGAAAGCUGAGAGUUUAAUGGGGAGCACCCCCUUCUUACAGAACCAACUUCUCCUGGGGUGACGUGGCAGCUUUGUGACUCUGCGUAUUUGCACACACCCGCCCAGGCACAUUCUGGAUUCAAGUUGUCCUUGUACCUUUCAUUCCCCCCCCCAAAGGUCUCAUAAAUCGAAUACCACGCAAGAAUGCGAGCUGGGACUGUGAUGUUCCUAUAUUAAUGUAUAUAUGGUAAGUGUUGGUUGUUUAAAAGAUACAUGGUAAGUGGAGUGAAAGAGGAGGGGGAGUGAAUGGGCAGUAGAAUGCUAGAUGAUAGGCUGGGUGUUUAAAAUGGCUGAACGUAUAAAAGGAAGAGUGAGAGUGGAAUCUGGGGG